AAGCAGAGCACACAUUGCACACUAGUACUCGCAAGCAAUCCAUCAAAUAUACCAUGGCCAUCUCAAAAGCUUUGAUCAUUGGCCUCCUCGGAUGCCUUUGCUUCUACAGUUCGGUCCUAGCGGCUCGCGAGAUCAACGAUGACUUGUCGAUGGUGGCAAGGCAUGAGAGCUGGAUGGCGCAGUACAACCGUGUGUACAAAGACACUACUGAGAAGGCAUACCGAUUUGAGGUCUUCAAGGCCAAUGUCGGGUUCAUCGAGUCGUUUAACUCUGAGAAUCACAAGUUCUAUUUGGGCAUCAAUCAGUUUACUGACCUCACCAACGAGGAGUUCAAGGGGACAAAGGCUAACAAGGGGUACAAACCAAGCUUGCAGCGGGUUCCUACCAGAUUCAGGUACGAGAAUCUAAGUCUCGAUGCACUUCCGGCAACCGUAGACUGGAGGACCAAAGGUGCAGUCACUCCCAUCAAGGACCAGGGCCAAUGUGGUUGUUGUUGGGCAUUUUCUGCGGUCGCUGCUACAGAGGGCAUCGUUAAACUCAAAACUGGCAAGCUUAUCUCACUGUCAGAGCAAGAAUUGGUGGAUUGUGAUGUCCAUGGUGAAGACCAAGGUUGUGAAGGAGGUCUCAUGGAUGAUGCCUUUAAGUUCAUAAUCAAGAAUGGUGGUCUCACCACCGAGUCCAACUACCCAUAUACCGCGGCAGAUGACAAGUGCAAGAGUGGAACCAAUGAUGCCGCGACCAUCAAAAGCUAUGAGGAUGUUCCAGCCAACAAUGAGGGAGCGCUCAUGCAAGCCGUCGCAAGUCAACCUGUCUCGGUAGCUGUAGAUGGAGGAGAUAUGACGUUCCAGUUUUACAAAGGUGGAGUAAUGACGGGCUCAUGUGGCACUGAUCUAGACCAUGGAAUUGCAGCUAUUGGUUAUGGCAAGACCAGCGAUGGCACAAAGUAUUGGUUGUUGAAGAACUCAUGGGGAACAACAUGGGGCGAGAACGGAUAUUUACGAAUGGAGAAGGACAUUACCGACAAGAGGGGUAUGUGUGGCCUUGCGAUGGAGCCUUCUUACCCCACUGCAUAG